AAUCAAAUAUAUAAAUCAAUAAAAUAAAAAAAUAUAAGUUAAUAUUAAAAUAUAUAUAUAUGAAUUAACAAGAAAUAGAAUAAUUUUUAGAGCCAAUCUAUAAAAAUGAUACUUAAUUAAAGAGGCUAAUAAAAGAAAUUAACGGAUUAUAUGAAUUAGAUUAAGAACUAUAUUUAAUAGAAUUAAGUCAAUAAUAAUAUGGUUUGAGUAUAAUAAUAGAAAUUUAAGAUAAGCUAUUAAGUGAAAAUCCAUUAUCUUAUUACCUUUAAUUCUAACCUAUUUAAUUUGAAAUUAUUUUAGAUUAAAAAUUUCCUUUUUCAUUUCCAAAAAUAUUAUGCAAUUCAAUUUUUUCUUAACCGUCUAUUUCAGAUGGAAGAGAUUUAAUAGAAAAUAUUUAAGAAAUUACAGAAAAUUUAGAUAACAAAUAUUAUUUGCAAAACUUAGGUUAAUUUCAAAGUAAUUCAAUUUAUUCUCUAGAUUAGUUUAUUCAAUUAAAUGAAAUAAGUAUAUUUGAAACUGAAUAAUAAGUAAAUGAAUAAUUUGUAGAAAGCUUUUUUUAACUUAAUAUGUUGAAUAAUAUAUAAAGACAAAACGAAGAAGAUUCCGUCCUCACAUUAAAUUGGAAAACAACAGAUAAUGAUAAAAUUUCAUAAGUAUUUAUUUUUUAAGAAAGCUAAAAGUUCAUAGAAACAAUAAUAUAAUUAAUGUAAAUUAAUGGUGCUGAGAUAAAAAAUUAAUAAUCAAAUUUUGAAAUUCCAGAAGAACUUGUAACUUUGAAGUUUUAUUAAUCCGUAGAUAUUUACUAAAUAGAAGAAGACAUUUAAAAUUGUGAAUUAUAAAUAUAAGAUACACCAAGCUUAAAUACAGUUAAUAUUCUUAUGGAAUUAUACUAAAAAGCAAUUGAAUAUUACUCAGCAUUUGAUAAUAAGAACUAUUCAAAUUAUGUAUAAAGUCUCCAAUAAUUGUUAAUUUUGCCUUAAAUACAAGAAAUUUUAAAUAAAGAAGAAAAAAGUUUAAUAAUGGAAAGAGAAAGAAUAAAAUCUUAAAGGACUACUAAAUAUUUUGAUAGUUAAAAGAGUGAAGAAAUUCAAUCAACAAAAUAAACUUCAAAUAGAGAAAUUUAUAAUGAUGAUAAUUAAGAAGAAGAAGAAGAAGAAGAAGAAGAAGAAGAAGAAGAAGAAGAAUAAAAUGAAUCUGAAGAUGAUGAUGAAAAAGAAGAAAACGAAGAAAUUUAAAUUGAACAUAAUGAAUAAAUUGAUUAGGAAAAUAAUAAUAAAGAUGAUAAUUAAAAAGAAAAUGAUAAUAAUAAGCAAAAUGAUAAUGAAUAAGAACAAAUAAAUAUUAAAUAAGAUGAUAUUAACAAUAAUACAGAUGAUAAAAAUAACAAAUAAUAAGAAAUAAAUUAAUAAUAAGAAAAUAAUCAAUAAAAAGUAGAUGAUUUAUAAUAAGAAGAUAAUUAAGAAUAAUAGAAUAGUUAAUAAUAAGAUAAUUAAAAUUAAUAAUAAGAUAAUUAAAAUGAAGUUCCAAUAAUAUUAAAAACUGAAUCUGAUGAUUGA